GCGCCCUCAAAGAUAUGAUAAGGUCUAUGUUUUCACACUCACUUCUUCGUUUGAAUAUUCAAAUUGACUGUUGUUAUAUUCAAAGUCCUACUAACUAUCAUCUUAUAAAUAAGUUUCUUAGUCUCCCUCACCCCCGGCCAUGAAUUCCAAAUCUUCCAAGAGAGAGUAUUCAAACAUGACAAAAUACCCUAUGAUCAAACCCGUCUUUCUUUUCUUCCUUUUCUUUAGGAUCUUCUUCGUCGGGGCACAAAACACAACAUUAAUCUCAGUACAUGUGGGAGUGGUUCUUGACUUGGACACCGGGUUUGGGAAAAUGGGGAUGAGCUGCAUCGACAUGGCCCUCGCCGACUUCUACGCCUCUCAUGCAGGCUACAAAACCAGGCUGGUCCUACACAGAAGGGACUCUGCAGAAGAUGUCGUUGUUGCAGCUACUGCAGCUAUAGACUUGAUAAAAAAUGAGAAAGUGCAAGCCAUCAUAGGGUUAGAAUCAUCAAUGCAAGCCAGCUUUGUAAUUGAGCUUGGAGACAAAGCUCAGGUGCCCAUAAUCUCAUUUUCUGCAACAUGCCCUUCUCUUCAGGGUUCAUACUUUUUCCGAAUUGCACAAAAUGACUCAUCUCAAGUUAAAGCCAUUAGUAGUAUCAUCCAAGCCUUUGGUUGGACUGAAGCAGUGCCCAUCAGCGUUGACAAUGAGUUCGGAAGGGGAGUAAUACCUUACCUGACUACUGCUUUGCAAUCAGUUGGUGCUCGUGUGCCCUACUGGAGUUCCAUUCCUUCAAUCGCCACCGAUGAGGAAAUUGUUGCAGAGCUUCGCAAGUUGAUGUCAAUGCGAACCAGGGUCUUCAUAGUGCACAUGUCCCCAUCUCUUGGCUCUCGGUUUUUCUCUAACGCAAAAGACUUUGGCAUGAUGGAUGAAGGCUAUGUUUGGAUAAUGACAAAUGGGAUGAUGAUUAACCGUUUUAUUUCCUCGAGUUCUUCUGUCGACAUAGAUGACAUGCAAGGGGUGUUGGGUUUAAAAGCUUAUGUUCCCAUUACAAAAGAGCUUGAAAGUUUUAGAGCUCGAUGGCAAACAAAAUUCCGACAAGACAAUCCAACUAUCCCUAGUGUUAAACUGGAUGUUUUUGGGUUGUGGGCGUAUGAUGCCGCUUGGGCACUAGCCAUGGCUGCUGAGAAGGUUGGAACAACAAACUUCCGCUUCCAGAAGAUGAACUAUUCUGGCAAUUCCACUGGUUCAGAGAGAUUAGAGGUCUCUCAAAGUGGUACUGAACUUGUCCGAGAACUAUCAGGUACAAGAUUCCGGGGUCUUUCAGGAGAUUUCAGCCUUAUUAAUAGGCAACUACAAUCAUCAACUUUUCAGGUAGUUAAUGUGAAUGAUAAUGGGGAAAGAGGGAUUGGAUAUUGGACACCCAAAAAUGGACUUGUAAGAAACAUUAAAUCGGACAAAAAUACAAGCAGACACUCUACUUCUAAUGCCACUCUUGGACCUAUUAUAUGGCCUGGAGACACCACCUCGGUCCCAAGGGGUUGGCAGAUUAGUGCGAAUGGGACCUUAAGAAUUGGAGUCCCGGUGAAGGGAGCAUUUGACGACCUUGUAAGUGUGAAACAUGAUCCAAGCACUAAUACAACCAACAUCACUGGAUACUGCAUUGACGUCUUUACUGCGGUAAUAGAAGUAUUGCCGUACUCUGUUCCUUAUGAGUUUCAUCCCUUUGCAAGGCCUGAUGGUACGAGUGCUGGUAGUUACAAUGAUUUGAUCGAUCAAGUAUUUCUUGGGAAGUAUGAUGCUGCAGUUGGAGAUAUUACCAUUAGAGGAAAUAGAUCUUUGUUUGUUGACUUUACAUUGCCAUACACAGAAGCAGGGGUAUCGAUGGUCGUGCCUAUCAAAGGAAAUACAGGUGCCAAAAACACCUGGGUGUUCCUGAAGCCUUUGACCUGGGACCUUUGGGUAACUAGUGGCUGUUUUUUCAUAUUCAUUGGUUCUGUGGUCUGGUUUCUUGAACAUCCAAUAAACAAAGAAUUUCAGGGGUCUCCGCGUCACCAAAUUGGCACAAGCUUUUGGUUCUCCUUCUCAAUCAUGGUUUUCGCACAUCGGGAGCAAGUAUUGAGCAACUUGGCUAGAUUUGUAGUGAUCAUAUGGUGCUUUGUUGUUCUUGUACUAACACAAAGUUAUACAGCCAGUUUAACAUCAAUGUUAACAAUCCAACAGCUCCAACCAACCGUCGCUGAUGUAAACACGCUCAUAAAGAAUGGGGACAAGGUUGGUUACCAAAUAAAUUCUUUUAUUUAUGGGAUUCUGAAGCGAGUAGGAUUUCAGGACGAUAAACUCAGGCCCUAUCGUUCUAGAGAAGAAUUGGAGAAACUUCUUCGCAACGGGAAUGAAAAUGGAGGUAUUUCUGCCGCUUUUGAUGAAACUCCCUACAUGAAACUUUUUAUUGGAACGUAUUGCUCAGAAUAUACCCUUGUUACACCAACAUUCGACUCUGAUGGGUUUGCAUUUGUCCUUCAAAAAGGUUCGCUUCUCACGCGUGAUUUUUCAACUGCAAUCACUAAAGUGCGCGAGGGAGAUAAAAUGAAGACCAUCGAAGAUAAGUGGUUCAAGAAAUAUGAAAGUUGUUCAAACUCCAACACCGCGGAAAGUUCCAACACUCUUAGUCUUGAUAGCUUUAGGGGCCUCUUCAUCGUUGCCGGUGUUGCUUCAUCACUAGCUAUCCUCAUAUUUACAGCUAUGUUCCUCUAUGAGCAUAGCCACAUCUUCACACGCGCAGAUACGGAAGCCUCAUUUUGGAUAAGAAUUCAUGAAAUAUUAAGAGUAUAUUACGGAAAAGAACUCACUUUGGAUACUUCUAAGAAGAGCACGCUGCAAGAUAGUGAUUAUGGUAUAGCUGCGGCUGAAUCUUCACUAAACAGAAGCUGCCCCCCAAGUUCAUACUCAAGCUUUUCCGACCCUGCUGGACCGCACAUUGUUCAUCAAGAGCCGGUGGGAACUCCUAAUUCUUCCGUGCACGGUGGUGAUCUGAAUCCCAAUGGUCAAGCAACCCAAGACAGUAGUACUCGUGAAUAUGGUGUUGAGUUAAUUUCCUCUCCAAGUGAUGAGGGACGGACCUAAACCUUGAAUUAGAAUAGACUAUUGCCCAAGAAAGCUAUUGAUUUAGAGUAAAUUACUGUGUCAAUAUAUAUUCUCCCCCAAUAGUGUUUUUCUUUUUUUAAUCUUAAUUGGUGAUUUAUAACAUUAACUAACAAAUUUUGAUAAGCAAUCAAGUCUUAAUUAGAGAAAAUAAAAACUUGUA